GACCUACGUCUUCAAACACCACAUUCGAGUGUUAUAUCAUUCCGUUCAGCGAAUCCCUCUCCGACCUUCCCUUUUCUUCGUCUCUCUGCAAAGAAACGCUGAACCCAAACGCCAUCCGUUUCCGUGCACCAGAUGCUUCUAUGCGCUCUGCGACACUUGUAAUCCGUUUCAGCGUCUCAUCCCACUUUGACAACGAUAUAUCUUCACCAUGUCUGAGAGAAAAGUCCUGCAGAAAUACUACCCCCCGGACUUCGAUCCUUCGAAGCUCACGAGAGAACGGGGUCCCAAGCGAAGCGGUCCGAAGCAGAUAACUAUUCGGUUGAUGGCGCCCUUUUCUAUGCGCUGUACCUCAUGCGGCGAAUUCAUAUACAAAGGUCGCAAGUUCAACGCGCGCAAGGAAACAGCGGAGGAGCGGUACUUAGAUUUGCCAAUUUAUCGUUUUUAUAUCAAAUGUACGCGAUGCUCGGGCGAGAUCGUGUUCAAAACAGAUCCGCGCAACAUGGACUACACGUGCGAGCGUGGAGCUAAACGAAAUUUCGAGGUCUGGCGGGAGCCCAAGGAGGAAAUUAGCGAUGAAGCACAUCUGGAUCAACUGGAGGCCAUGGAAGCAGCGGCUGCAGGGGAGAAGGAGGCAGAUACGAUGCAGGCGUUGGAGGAGAGGACCAAGGAAGCCAAGAAUGAGAUGGCAAUCGCUGAUGCCUUGGACGACAUAAGAACGAGAAAUGCAAGGAGGGAAGCAAAAGCAAAGGAAGGAGCUGAUAUUGUCAUUUCGGACAUUAUUGACGCAGAGAGAGAGCGGUUGGAGAGGGAGGAUGAAGAAGCUGCAAAAGCUGCAUUCCUAAGCGCCACAGGUGAAAGGAUAAAACGCUACGUGCCUGAGGAUGGUGAAGAAUCAGAGUUCAACGGGAACGGCGUAAAUUGGGGCAAUGGAAAUACUGGUUCUUCUGGAUUUACUUUCAAGAAAACAGCAAAACCGAAGAAGGAUUACGCGGCUGCAUUGGGUGUCAAAAAGAGCAUUGAAAAAGCUGCGACGAACGCGUCUGCACCACCGGACGCUGAAAAACAUAACACUGCUCCGACAACUGCUACGAAACCGCCGGCACUGCUUGCCGGCUAUGACUCAGACAGCGAUUGAGUGCGCCGCGGACAUAGUACUCAAAGAUGUUGAAACAGGCUAAACCGCCUAUAUUUUGUCUAUACGACGAUAAAACGAUAGCCAUGCAUGAGCCGUCCUUGCUAGAGUUGAAUUGAGCAUAGGCUUAUUUCCCGAGCUGGCUCUUAUAGCAAGCAGAGUGAGGAAAAAAAAAGACAUGCUGCUGCUUCAGUCUUCCAUAAUGGAAAGAGCUCACGCGUGGGUACAAAUAUUAUAGUUGUAGUCACGAAGCAAUGUUGAACGUUGCUGCCGCGAAGCGAAAUAACACGCAUCGAUCAUCACAGAUUUCUGAACGAGAUCAAUCUCGACUUCAUGAUACUAUAGCCGCGGCUUCUCUCUUUCGCUGUACUCGUCCGAAACCUGAACUACAGCGCGACCCCACACCUUAUGCUCGGCCAGAUCGUUCAACGCUCGGGGUAAACUGUCGAGACCCAAGUAUUUCUGGUCGUAAACGACAGCCUUUAUAGCUCCUUGUUCAACCAUGUCGUCGAAGUCUCGCCAGAUCUUGAUGACAUCUUCGGGACGCUGCCGACCAUGCUCGCCGAACCUAUAGCCAAAAACUGCGGCGCUCUUCAGCAGUAUCCGAUUCAUGCGCACUUUCUCGAUGUCGCCGCCCCUUCCCGCAAAACCGACAAUAACGACCCUUCCGGCAUAUCGACAGCAUUUGAG